AUGACAAUGAGAAUCAAAUUCGAGUCUGCAGCGUGCUGCGGCGGGCGCAACAAUCAGGCCUGUGUCAUCUAUGGCCGCUUUUUGUCCCCCACGGCAGAUGAUCCUGUGAAUGUGGAUGAUGUAGCCCGUUCUCAUACGCGGAUGUUUCUGGACAAUCCCACAGUCGACAUGUUUGAUGUGGCUCAGAAGCAGAUCCACCAACUGAUGCGUCGUGACAGUUAUGUGAGAUUCGUCAAGUCUGAUUUGUACAAGAACAAGUUAAUGGAGGAAAUGGAGGAUAAACCUGGACAGACUGGCGAUCAGGGUGACGGUCUGAAGGAGCCAGUAGGUCGGGUGGCCAGCUGGGCCGUACACGUGGACAAACUACUUCAGGACCCAGUCGGUGUUGAAGUCUUUUCGGAAUUCUUGAAGAAAGAGUUUAGCGAAGAGAACAUCUUGUUUUGGAAGGCGUGUGAGCAGUACCGUCAACUGACAGAUGACUCUGAGCGCAACGCUCAAGCCGGAGUCAUCUAUGGCCGCUUUUUGUCCCCCACUUCAGAUGAUCCCGUGAAUGUGGAUGGUGCAGCCCGCUCUCACACGCGGACGUUUCUGGACAAUCCCACAGUCGAUAUGUUUGAUGUGGCUCAGAAACAGAUAUAUCAACUGAUGCGUCGUGACAGUUAUGUGAGAUUCGUCAAGUCUGAUUUAUACAAGAACAAGUUAAUGGAGGAAAUGGAGGGUAAACCUCUGCAGGGACAGAUGCAAGACAAACUACCAGAAGGAAAAAGAGAAGAGAAAAGAGGUCGCAAAUAUGGAGCUUCUUCGGGUAUAUUGACACUUCUGAAAAGAUUCGGACUAAAGGAUGCACGGAAGAGAAGCAAGAAGAAGGGUGGCGUUCAGCCAUGAUGGGUGCCUGACUACUUCGGUGUCAUCUCUGCAGACUGUACACGCUGGUUAGCGCUUGACCUCACCCAGUUGACAAAAAGGAGAAAUUCCCCCUC